AAAGAAAAAGGAUAUGGAAAACUAAGCAGUGAUGAAGACCUCGAAAUAAUUGUUGAUCAAAAGGAGGUAGUAGGUGUAACCUUGAAGAAAAAGUGGCACUGUCUUCAAAAAAGUGACCUGACCCUGGCUUUGGGAAAAGGCUCUAGGGCGGCAGAUAAGGCUGUUGCCAUGGUGAUGAAGGAGAUACCGAGGGAGGAGUCUGCUGAAGAAAAGCCCCUCCUUACUAUGACAUCACAGCUGGUGAAUGAGCAACAGGAAAGCAGACCCCUCCUGAGUCCCUCCAUCGAUGACUUUCUCUGUGAAACCAAAUCGGAGGCAAUAGCAAGGCCAAUAACGUCCAAUACAGCCGUGUUGACCACAGGCUUGGACCUCCUGGACCUGAGUGAGCCAGUCUCCCAAACUCAAACCAAAGCUAAGAAGUCUGAGGGCUCAUCGAGAACCUCAUCUCUCAAGAAAAAGGCAGAUGGAUCUGACCGCAUCAGUGCAGAUGCGGAGCAGAGAGGCCAGCCUCUUGGAGUCCCUGACACGGCAUCCUUAGAUCUAGACAUUCAAACCCAACUGGAAAAAUGGGAUGAUGUCAAAUUCCAUGGAGACCAAAAUAGUAAGGGACUUCCGAUGGCAGAGAGAAAGUCAUCAUGUUCAUCCAGGACUGGAUCAAAAGAGCUGCUAUGGUCCUCAGAACACAGAUCUCAACCAGAACUGAGUGGUGGGAAAAGCGCUCUCAACUCGGAGUCCACUUCGGAGUUAGAAUUGGUGGCCCCUGCACAGGCUCGACUGACCAAAGAACAUCGCUGGGGAAGUUCUUUACUUUCCAGGAACCACUCCUUAGAAGAGGAAUUUGAAAGAGCAAAAGCAGCAGUGGAGUCAGAUACAGAGUUCUGGGAUAAGAUGCAAGCAGAGUGGGAAGAAAUGGCUCGAAGGAACUGGAUAUCUGAAAAUCAAGAGGCCCAGACUCAAGUUACGAUCUCUGCUAGUGAGAAGGGAUAUUACUUUCAUACUGAAAACCCCUUCAAGGACUGGCCUGGAGCAUUUGAAGAAGGCUUAAAAAGACUGAAGGAAGGAGACCUACCAGUCACCAUCCUGUUCUUGGAAGCAGCGAUUCUUCAAGACCCUGCAGAUGCAGAGGCAUGGCAGUUCCUUGGGAUAACACAAGCAGAGAAUGAAAAUGAACAAGCAGCCAUUGUCGCCCUCCAGAGGUGCUUAGAACUGCAGCCCAACAACCUGAAGGCUCUGAUGGCUUUGGCUGUGAGUUACACUAACACUGGCCAUCAGCAGGAUGCCUGUGACGCACUCAAGAACUGGAUCAAGCAAAACCCCAAGUACAAAUACCUUGUGAAGAGCAAGAAAGGAUCUCCAGGCCUCACCCGGCGGAUGUCCAAGUCCCCAGUUGAUAGCUCAGUUCUGGAAGGAGUGAAGGAGUUAUAUCUGGAAGCUGCCCACCAAAACGGAGAUCUGAUCGACCCAGACCUACAGACAGGGCUGGGGGUCCUGUUCCACCUAAGUGGAGAAUUUAACAGAGCAAUAGAUGCAUUUAAUGCUGCACUAACUGUUCGGCCAGAGGACUAUUCAUUGUGGAACCGUCUCGGGGCCACCCUGGCGAAUGGCGAUCGCAGUGAGGAAGCCGUGGAGGCCUACACACGGGCUCUGGAGAUCCAGCCAGGCUUCAUCCGGUCCAGAUACAAUCUGGGGAUAAGCUGCAUCAAUCUGGGUGCCUACAGAGAAGCGGUCAGCAAUUUUCUCACUGCCCUCAGCCUGCAAAGGAAGAGCAGAAAUCAGCAGCAAGUUCCCCAUCCUGCGAUUUCUGGGAACAUCUGGGCUGCCCUCAGGAUUGCGCUGUCUCUGAUGGACCAGCCGGAGCUCUUUCAGGCAGCGAAUCUGGGUGACCUGGACGUCCUCCUGAGAGCUUUCAACUUGGAUCCUUGAAGGACAAACCACCACAGCCACCCUCAUCUGUGUAACUGUCCUGAGAAAUACUAAACUAUUUUAUUACGCAUUUCAAAAAGGGAUAGAUCAAAUGCUCAGAAGGUCAUGGUCCUAUAACCCAAGGGAAUUCCUACAGUUUCUGUUCAGGUCCAAAAGCACAAAAUGUUGUAUAUAGAGUUAAGGUUGGGCUUAAAAUGAGGCUUGGGAGAGGAAGACAAAGCAAGAGGAAGUGACUGUGCGUGCGCAUUCUUUCCACAAGCUCAAAGAUGCGCUUUGGGGGGUUUGGUCUCCAGUUGCAGUUGAUGAUGCAUCUAAGGAGCUUGUUCAUGGAGAAAGCACUGCCUCAGCUCAUGGAAGACUGACUUUCUGAACUGUCCCCCAGGCUUCCCCUCUUGCAGAAUCGAGCAUAGUUUGGACCAUUGGUGCAUGCACGUAUAUUAACUCUCAACUAAAGAGCAGCAUUGCUUAAACCUGUUCCAGUUUUCACUUUUACUGUAGUCCUUGGAUUCCAGAGAGGGAGCUUUGCUGGCUAAAGCAAUUUUUGCACUAGGAAUUUUUGCUGUUCCCAAUUGAAACUUUUCUGGGACUGUACAUAGGCACUUUCCUAUCUCAUUUAUGCCUUGCUGGAGUUUGGUUUUGUUGCUCCAAUUUUUAACUUGGGAGGGUGAAAGAUUUGCGAACUCAGCCUUGUCAGAUCAAGGGACCAAAUAUUUCUGAAAAUAGUUUUUCAUAGUG